UUUGUGCGUGCGUGUGUGUGGUGGCAACGAACCCCAACGAAGAUAAGCACGCAACGAACAACACAACACAACAAUACCAUUCCAGGCAGGCAACAGCGACGAAGUUGGAGAAGCACGGCGGCGCAUGGGCAGCAGAGAUGGGCAAGGGUGGUGUUGCUGAAGGGGUUGUACCACCAGGACAGAAGGUGGUGGAAGAAGAGCAAGAAGAGGAGCAGCGGCAGAGAAGCAGCAGUCGUCAUGCAAGUGUGCUUGAAGGGACUGGGCAGGCGGACGUGGGCUCGGCGUCGUGUGGAUCAUGGGGCUCGUCGCUAAGCGCGGUGGAGGAAGAGCUUGCAGCACUGCGCCACCGGCACGCGCAGCUGUUGGCGGAGAAGGAGGCUGUGGACGGCAUGCUGGAUGACGCGGAUGAUGAGCUGGAGACCACGCAAAGCCGCCUCACUCACCUCGAGAAGACAUGCAGGCAACAAGCUGCAGAGCUGCGGGCUGAGCGGGAGGCACUCAUGCUGCUCCGGCAAGACUACGAAGCCAUGCAGGCAGAUCUGGACCAGUCCCGUCACCACCAACAUCAACAACUACGCCGCAGCCGACACGACAGCACCGGCGACGGCUGCCUGGACAUGGCCCAGCUGGACGAGGUCAACCUGCAGAUGCGCAACGCAGGUACAUUGGAGGGUGACGAGCAAUCGACGUCAUCGCCAGUCAGGGCCGAGGUGCAGCUGGACGAUGCGGGCGUGCGCGCAUCUCUUGCGUCCAUCCUGCCUGCUGACAUGGCUGCACGGCUGUUGCAGGCGGAGGACGCGCAGACCCAGCUCCUCACGUUGGUGGAGCAGCUGCAGCUCAGCCUUUCAGCUCAACAGCGCGACAACGACGACCCUUCACAACGACGACCACAGCCAGAGAACAGCGUGCUUGCCACGACACAUGGCACGACAGCAACCUGGCAAGAAGAACAAGCAGAAGCAGAACAAGCAGAAGCAGAACAAGCCGAAGCCGAAGAAGAAGCAGAAGAAGGCAGUGAAGGGAAACGGGAAGGGCAAGCCAGGAAUACAGCCGAUGCAGCAGACGAUGAACCGCCUCAAGGGGCGGGCGUGGACGACAGCCUGGCGGGCACGCAGCACCCGACGAGCGGCGCUGACUCCGAUGUCGAUGUCGAAGACACGACAUCAUGCCAUGAACUCAGUUUGGCCGAGGAGCUCUGUCAGGCUGAUGAACAUCUUGCCAAUGAAAGCACGGUGGGUCCCCCGGCCAGGGCAGGUGACGAGGAGGACGUACUCAAGACAGGCACGCUCAACAGCUGCAGGGAACCCGCACUUUCUCAUCUUAGUCGGUCUGUGGAUGGCAAUGCCACUGGCGGUUUUGGUGAAUAUGAUGCCACCCGUGCUUGCGAUGAGGAGGAUUGCAGUCGCACGUGGGACGAGCACAUUGGUCAGCAGCGUCUUGACGCAGAUGAGGGUGAACAUGGCGUAGAUGGGGAAGAUGAUGACGAGUUCUUUGAUUGCAAAGCGGAGAUGAUCGUGACGGUUGAGGACGACAUCAACAGCACGGUGUCCGCAACAGCGGCGGGGACCCACACAUCCAAUGCAGGCGCCAACGCCAACCACGGUGUGGAGAACACGAGCUGCACUGGCCCUGCCACCGGCGUGUGUGGUGGUGAGCAGCGUACGCCAGACAGUAGUUGUGAUCUUGAUGAUGCUGACGGUGGUGGUGAUGAUGGUGGUGGUCGAGUUGUGCAGGCUGUGAUGAGUGAGGAUGCUGUGCGUGCAAUUCUGAGCCAUGGCCCGCAGCCCGUGCCUGAAUUACAACGUCAGCUGAUUGAGGACAGCGGGUUGGCGAGCAAGUAUAGAUCACAGGCCCAGCACCAGCUCCGACAUGUGUUGGCGGAGAUGGAGGCCAAGGACACCCUCGUGUUCACCGUGCAAGGCACGGCCCUGUUGGCCGUCCUGAGAUAGCGCCCCCCCGUGUGUGUGUGUGUGU